AUGAUGGAAUACGGUUCAUUCGCUGUUGCUUCUGUGCAACGUCAGAUCAUGCUCGUCCAAUCGGCCCGUAGCCACAAUAUGGGCGACAGACAUUUAGACGUCUAUACCUACAAACCUUUCGCCGAAGGCGUAUUCCUCGCUUCCGAAGUCCCUCAAGCACGGAUAGCAUCCAAAGACCUCCUGACCAUCUUCCCGCCCACCGACGCCUUUCAGCAAUUAGCUUCUGGCAUGCUGGAACUUCCUCCACAAGCCUACUCAGAAUAUAUGGAGCUCAGCUCGCGCGGUCAGCAGCGCGCUGAGACCCUCUACGCUGCUCUCAUGGCGCGAAGAAGAUAA